AAGUAACAAUUCUUCAAAAAGAACUACUAACAAACACAUUUUAUAAUGCCUCCAAAGAAAGUUGCCCCAGCGCCUUUAGCUACUAGAUCCGCCAAGCCAGUUAAGGCUUCAAAGAACCCAUUGGUUGAAUCUUCGCCAAAGAACUUUGGAAUUGGUCAAGCCAUCCAACCAAAGAGAAACUUGUCCAGAUUCGUCAAAUGGCCUGAAUACGUCAGAUUGCAAAGACAAAAGAAGAUUUUAUCUUUGAGAUUGAAGGUUCCUCCAGCAAUUGCCCAAUUCUCCAACACCUUGGACAAGAACACCGCUACUCAAACCUUUAAAUUGUUCAACAAGUAUCAACCAGAAACUAAGGCUGAAAAGAAGGAAAGAUUGACCAAGGAAGCUGCUGCUAUUGCUGAAGGUAAAUCUGCUAAAGAUGCUUCCCCAAAGCCUCUUAACGUGAAGUACGGUUUGAACCACGUUGUUUCGUUGGUAGAAAACAAGAAGGCCAAGUUGGUUUUGAUUGCCAACGAUGUUGACCCUAUUGAAUUGGUUAUCUUCUUGCCAGCUUUGUGCAGAAAGAUGGGUGUUCCAUAUGCCAUUGUUAAGGGUAAGGCUAGAUUGGGAACUUUGGUUCACAAGAAGACAUCCUCCGUCGCUGCUUUGACCGAAGUGUCCGCUGCCGAUGAGGCUGAGUUGGCCAAGUUGGUUUCUACCAUCAACAACAACUUCCUUGAGAAAUACGAAGAAAACAGAAAACACUGGGGUGGUGGUAUCUUGGGUGCUAAGGCUGAAGCCAAGAGAAUCAAGAAGGCAAAGAACUCCGACGUUCCAAUCCCAGCUCCAGUGGCUGCUUCUGAGUAAGUCAACGAAUAUCUGUAUUUUAUAGUCAAUGGACAAACUAGGCACUUAACUUUGAAUCACUGGAGUAAGGUUAUAUGUCUGUAGUGGUCCAAGGGCUACAGCCCCAGGACUGUGUUUGGGCGCGCAGUAGUGUGCUCGGACUGAAAAUUUUUGUCUCUAGUGAUUCCUAAAAGCGCUGAAUUUUAUUUUGUCUUUUACUUCCUCAUAGUUAACCACAUUUAAAGAUGUCUAAAUCCAAGAACCAUACCGCCCACAACCAAAGUAAGAAGGCUCACAGAAACGGUAUCAAGAAGCCAAAGACCAACAGAUACCCAUCUUUGAAGGGUGUUGACGCCAAGUUCCGUAGAAACCACAGAUACGCUUUACACGGAACUGCUAAGACUUUGGCUAAGGCUCGUGCUGAAAAAUCCGCUUAAAUUUAAUGGAGUUUACUUGUACAAUGUCAUAUAAUUUAUGUUAAUAUUUAGAUUUACGGGUUUUUUACGUUCGAAUAAAACUUUCACAUCAUCCUUGGACUGUGUACUUCGAGCAUACAUUGUUCUAACUGU